CAAAGUACAAGGUCAGGCGGAACAAAAGACCGGACUACCUCUCUCACGCUUCACAGCAGUACGAGUACCACAGGCGAACUGCAAUGUGACAAGUCAUCACAUAGGGCACGUAGACACAUCUUACGCUCUUGGCUACCUGUUGAUCUCGGAUAUCAUCCUUCCCGAACAGAUACAGUACACAUCACAUGCUUCGCGGCUGAACGUAUUCCACUGUCUUACCAAUAUAAAAUCAAGCUACAAGAGCUUUCGGCUGAUCAGUUAGCUUUAAUCAUGGCCACAUCUAUCACAGACGAGAAAAGGCGUGAGUUGCCUUCCCAGGCUACGCUUGACGAAGUGGGCGAGAUCAACAUCAAAGACAAAGACGGCAAAGAGGUGCCGCUCAAGUCGCUGUACACUGGCAAGCCGGCGAACGAACGGCAACUCAUCAUCUUCGUUCGACACUUCUUCUGUGGCUCAUGUGAACAGUACAUCGAAGCGCUCGCGAAAGACUUGCCGCCAGCCAAGCUGUCCGCUGUGAACACGACCCUCACCAUCAUCGGAUCCGGAGAGCCUAUUUUGAUUGAAGGCUACGCAAAGCGCACUGGAUCACCUUUUCCAGUUUACACAGACAACUCAGUCCAGAUUUACAAGAAACUUGGCAUGGUUAGCACUCUCAAAGGGUCAAUGGGAGGUCCUAAGUAUACCCACAAGGGGUUCUUCAAGAACACGAUCGAUUCUAUGUGGAAUUCUGUCAUGUCUGGUCAUCCACUUUCGAGUGGGCCACCAGCUCAGAACGGAGGCGAGUUGUUGUUUCAGAACGGAGAGUUGAAAUGGUGCUCGAGAAUGCGCAAUCCUACUGACCACACGGAAGUUGACGAGCUGAAGGAGGUACUUGGCAUCACAGAGUGAUCGAUUGCAGAAUACCAGUCGCACAGCACAAGAAUACCCUCAAUCUGUCGUUCCAUGAAAUAACCAUUUAGCUUCAACGCGCAAGGUUCACUCAAAUAGCAGUGCAGGCAUGGUACCUCUUACAUGCAGACGAGUGUCGUAGGUUUGAACGCG